AUGGGAGACGCACGAUUGAGGAGAAUCAAUAAGGAGAUUACCGACUGCAAGAAUGACAAGGCCUCGGGCAUCCAGAUCUCCUUGAUAGAUGAGUCACCAUUUCAUCUCGUCGGUACAUUCCCAGGGCCAGAAAACUCUCCCUAUGAGAAAGGAACUUUUGACGUGGACAUCGUCGUGCCCGAAGGUUACCCCUUCCAGCCUAUCAAGAUGAAGUUCAUCACUCGCGUGUACCAUCCCAACAUCUCUUCGCAAUCGGGCGCCAUCUGCCUCGACAUUCUCAAAGACCAGUGGUCACCUGUGCUGACGCUCAAGUCGACGCUCAUGUCGCUGCGCUCACUGCUCUGCUCGCCCGAGCCAAACGACCCACAAGACGCCCAAGUGGCAACCCACUACUUGCGAGACAAGGAAGACUUUGAAAAGACGGCGAGAUACUGGACCGAGAUCUACGCAAAUGGCUCCGAGUCGGCACAGCCACCUGCGAAUGCGCAGAGCAAGGUCGGGCAGAGUGACGAAAAGGCCGAUCCGGUCUUGCUCGCGGGACUGAAACGCGAACAUGUCGAUCAGUUUGUCAACAUGGGCUUCGAGAGCGACAAGGUGAUCGAGGUGCUCAAAAAGCUCAACUACCGAGGUGCAAAUGUCCGCAACAUUACUGACGAUAUGGUUCUCAAUGAGCUACUCAAGUGA